AGAAAAUAGAAUUAUUGUAACAACCCGUAGUGACAAGGUGGCGGAAAUCAUGAAGACAUCUCAUCGAUGUCACUUGAAAAAUCUAUCAGAAGAUGAAUGUUGGUUCAUAAUCAGGAAAAUAGUAUCUGCAAAUGAAAGAAAUCCAUUAACUAAAGAUUUGGAGGUUAUUGGAAGGCAUAUUGCCAAAAAAUGUGGAGGUGUUCCAUUAGUAGCAAGGGUUUUAGGAGGGAUGAUGUCACACAAAAAGGAGAAAAAUGAAUGGUUGGAAAUUCAAAAUAGUGAAGUUUGGAAUUCCCUACAUGAUAGCAAUGAAGUGUUACCGGUAUUAAAAUUAAGCUUUGAUAAUCUUCCAUCAUCAUCUCUUAAACAAUGUUUUGCAUAUUGUUCAAUUUUUCCUAAAGGCUAUGAUAUGAAAAGGGAAGAAUUAAUUCAACUUUGGAUGGCUGAAGGGUUCCUUCAACCAUCUCAAGGAAGUGGUUUGGUGAUGGAGGAUAUUGGUAACAUGUAUUUUGAUAUCUUGUUGGCGAAUUCCUUAUUUCAAGAUGCGAAAAAGGAUGCAUAUGGUAAUGUUAUCAAAUGCAAGAUGCAUGAUUUGGUACAUGAUCUUGCACUCUCAAUUUCAAAAUUUGAGACCUUAAUUUUGCAUGGGGAUUUGGGGGGUGAUAUCAACCACAUACGGCAUUUGUUCGUCCAAUUUGAUGCCAAAAUUGUACCAAGAAUGCCAUUUUUAAAAGGUGUCAAGAAAUUGCGCACAUUUGUUUCUGAACACGCUGUACUUGGUAAUAUGUUAUUAGGAUUUGAAUGCUUACGUGUUCUAAAAUUAUAUGGAAAGAGUAUAAAAGUAUUGCCAAGUUCAAUUGGUCAGUUAAUACAUUUGAGACUUCUUCACCUCUCAAGCACCUCCAUCAAAGUAUUGCCAAAGUCCAUCACCAAGCUCUACAAUUUGCAAACUUUAAUAGUCAAAUAUUGCAAUGCCAAAGGGCUUCCAAAAGAUCUAAAAAAAUUGAUUAACUUGAGGCAUAUUUAUAUCGAUGAUGAGAUUGAGCGAGCAGUUAAAUAUAUAGGGCAAUUGACCUGUCUACAAACAUAUCCAUGUUUCACAGUGGGUCAACAUGCAGGUCAUCGAAUUGAAGAAUUGGGACCCUUAAAUCAACUUAUAGGACAAUUAUACAUCCGUAGUCUAGAGCAUGUGAGAGAUAAAAAAGAAGCCAGAGGUGCAAAUUUAGUAGAAAAGGACAAAAUAUACAUGUUGAGAUUUUGUUGGAGUAAGGAAAGAGAAGGCAAUGGCUAUAAUGAUGAAGAGGUGUUGGAAGGUCUCCAGCCUCACCAAUAUUUGAAAAGCUUAACAAUCCAAAACUAUAAAGGAAAGAAAUUCCCAUCAUGGAUGUUGACAAGUAGCAUUGCAAGGGAUGGUUUUUCUCUAUUUCACAAUUUGAUUGAAAUCAUAUUAAGUGGCUGCAGCGAAUGUGAGGUUCUUCCCACUCUUGGGCUUCUACCAUGUCUUAAGGUUCUUGAAAUAAGUGAUAUGGAUAAUUUAAGAUGUAUAGACACUAAGUUUUACAGCAACUAUAAUGAUGGCAGUUGCAAAAAUGUGUUGUUCCCAGCUUUGAAAAGACUUAUUUUAUGAAGGGUGCCCAAUCUAGUUGAAUGGAAGGACGCAACAGAGUCAACAGAAACAGGAAUGGUUUUUCCUUGCCUUGAGGAGUUGAUUAUUAAAUUAUGUUACCAACUAGAAACCGCUCCAUGUCAUUUUCCAUCUCUUAAGAAAUUAAAUAUUUUCCAAACCUGCAGCAGGCCAUUCGAAAACAUUUGCAGCAAGCUUACCACACUCGAGUCCCUUUGUAUUUCUAAUAUUUUAGAAUUUGCUUCUCUACCAGAGCAGCUUUUGCAAAACAAUUGUAGUCUCAAUGAUUUGAAGAUAGAGAGUUGUGCUGAUUUGGAGUCCAUCUCACCACAUGAAAACGUAUUCUGUGCUUCUCUCCGAUCACUCAAAAUAAAGAACUGCACAAAGUUGAGUUAUUUACUGCACAACUUCAUUUCCCUUGAAGAGUUGAUAGUAGUGCGUUGUCCUAAUCUGAAGUCAUUUCCAAGUAUAGAAAUACAAGAUGUCACGUCCCUUCUUCGACGCUUGGAGAUAUCAGAGUGCGGUGUUGAAGCUCUACCCACUGGACUGCAAUUAUGUACGUCCCUUCAAGAAUUGAAGAUAGAGGGAGGUCCUAAUCUGAUAUCAAUUGCAGAUCUAGGAGAAGAAUUACAUUCCCUUACUCAACUGAGAAUCUAUAAUUGUCCUAAUCUGAUAUUGAUUGCAGAUCUACUAGAAUUGCGUUCUCUUAAGAAUCUAGGCGUUUUUGAUUGCCCAAAACUGACGGGUUUGUCAGAGGGGUUAUUGGAUUGCCUCACCCACUUGAAGUCUCUGGAGAUUGGUGGGUAUUUUGAGGAGCUGGAUGCUUUCCCCAGUCUCAAUUCCAUCCAACACUCACACGACUCCCUUGAAAUAUUAUAUUUGCAUGGAUGGUCUAAACUCAACUCCCUCCCGGACAAAAUUCAACACUUCAUUUCCCUUAAAUAUCUGUACAUAUAUGAAUUUGAUGGAAUAGAAGUUUUGCCCGAAUGGUUGGGUAACCUUUCUUCUCUUCAAUACCUGUCUCUUAACUCUUGCAAGAACCUGAUGAAACUGCCCACAGCGCAAGCAAUGCGACGCCUCAGAUUAGAGAAGCUGGAGAUUUGGUGUUGCCCCAAAUUAAAUGAAUGUUGUGCAAAGGGGAGCGGCCCAGAGUGGUACAAAAUUGCCCAUAUUCCAGAUGUCGAUAUCAAUUGAAAAUUUGUCGAAAACAAAGCAGGUUGAACAGUUGGAGCGAAAUGUUGAAAGUUCUCUUCGAGUGCUGCAACAGAUCGAUAUUCAAUCAAGAGACUCUCCAGAUUACAAAAAAUGGCAGAUAUUUUGGUAUUGCCUGUCCUAGAAAAAAAAGGGAAAAGAACCCAUAUUACAGAAACAAAGUGGUAACUGGACCUGUAGGUUUAUUCAUGGUUGUUAUCCAAUCGGAGAGGGAGCUCACAUGUAUAACCUGUAAACAAGUUCAGGGCUCGGCGAGAGGACACAUGGACAAAGACCGAGGACUGGGAUUGGUUCUAAGUCGUCUUGGAUUGUAGGUCUUGAAGUUGAAGGAGGUGUUGGGGAAUUGGGGAUGAGAUUCAGGGUUUUGAGGGUUGUCAUUUGUUGAUUCAUGUUGGGAAUUGAGUGGGAGAGGUACAUGGUGAUUGUCAAUGGUGGGAUGGAGUUGGAGAGUCUUCAAUGUGUGCGUGACCGAGUGGAGAGACGGGAUUUGUGUUUUUAUUUAUGUUUUGAGGAUAUGAAGGGUUACACAGAUGGCCCUGACCUUCUGUUUCGUCAUGGCAUGGAAUUGGCAACAAUGCAACAUCCUCAUACUGAUAUGCCAUGUCUCCGUAACAUUGUACUGGAUCUCCCUUGUUGGGCUUUGUGGAGUCUAUUUGUGUUUGAUCUAGAUUAUGACCCGAUUCGAUAUAAAAGUGCCAUAGUUUUUAAUGAGAUUUUUUCUAAAGCUUAGUCCUUGGAGCGGAGGCUUGCCCUGAGAAAAAUUUUUGUCCUAUUUUUAGUCCAUUCUGAAUCCUGUGCGUAGCAAAAAAAAA